CGAAUCAUUCUUCUACUUAACCGUCACUGAAGUGGAAGCGCUCUGUAAUGGAGACAGAGAUCCCCUAAUUCUUGCUCGAGUUAGACACCGGAAAAGGCUUUACCCAAAAAUGGAUAAAUACAAGUUUCAAGAGUUUAUCAAAGGACCAGAAAUGAAGCCGAGAAAUUUUGAAGAUCGCAUUAUUCCUCCAAAUCUGGGCACAGGUAUGGUUCAGAUGAAGGGAACUCCAGUAAGUAAUGGAUCCAUAAAAGCAAGAGUUUGUGUCUCCGAAGAUAUCACAGAGGCUGACAGUAUCCAGCCGGGAGAUAUACUGAUCACAUACUCGACGGACAUCGGUUGGAGUCCAUACUUCCCUCUACUGUCGGGUAUUAUCACAGAAAUCGGUGGAACCAUAUCUCACGGGGCGGUCAUUGCCAGA